AUGCCUACUCAAGAAGUGCUUAACCAGUGGGAAGCUUCUUCCCCAACUACCAGAAGCGAAGGCCCCCUUCAAGGCACAUCAAACCCUCCUCAGUCCCUGGUUUCUAAACACGAGUGCUUUGCCGCGCGACCCAACGCAGAAGUAUGCCCGACUUGUAACGAUGGACGUCUUGCGCUCGAUCAGGAUCGCGUUCGCAAUAGUGGUGCUCGUACGCCCGGCUCUAUCCACGCCGACAUCGUCGCACAGAUAGAAGCGAAGCGAGAGCGAAAGGCCUCGGAAGAAGCAGAGAAGGACAAGAAGAAAGCCGAGGUUGAGGAGAAGUCAGCAUAG